ACGGGACCAAAUAAAACUUCUAACAAGCUGGUUUAUUCUUUCAUUAAGCCAUCUAGGAAGCCAGAAAACUUGCAUGGAAUAAGUUGGGAUAGCAGCUAGAACUGACUUCGCCAAACAAACUCUACCUGCAAAAUUCAACAUGUUAGUUUUCCAAGAAGCCAAUUUCCUUUGGAUAUUAUCCAGAAGGUAUUGGAAAGCAUUUCUGUCUCUCCGUCCACCAUGCAGCGGAAAGCCCAAGUAUUUGCCCAAAUUAUGAACAAAAGGAAUAGGAGCAAUAUUGCGAACUUCAUUGCGGAUUGCCUGGCUGACUCCCCUGGAAGCAAUGGCUUUGGACUUGGCCAUAUUAAUUCUAAGACCCGAGCUAUCGCAGAACAAUUUCAAAGCUUCUGCAACCAACUGCACCUGAGCUCCCGACGCUUUGCAAAACAGGAGGACAUCAUCAGCAAAGAAAAGAUGAGAAAUAGGAGGUCCAUCAGGGGAAAGACGGACAGGCUGCCAACUAUUUUCCUCAACAAGAGAUUGAAUAUACACAGAGAGUCGUUCCAUACAUAGCACAAACAGAUAGGGAGACAAAGGAUCUCCUUGUCUCAAGCCUCUACCUGGGUGGAAAGCAGGCAAACGCUCACCAUUCCAAAGAAUUGAGAGCGAGGAGGAGGACACACAACACAUAAUCAACUGGAUGAUACGGGGAGGGAAUCCAAAGAGAGUCAGUGUCUCCUCCAAAAAAGUCCAAGAUACGCUAUCAUAAGCUUUUUCCAAAUCGAUCUUGAAUGCCAAACUACCCUUCUUUACCCGCGAAUUAUUCAUAUGAUGAAUAAUUUCUUGAGCAAGAAAAGCAUUAUCCAUAGUUCCACGCCCGGGAAGAAAACUAUUCUGCAUUGGGCUGAUAAUCCCAUCCAGGAAGGGUCUAAUUCUCCCCACCAUAACUUUGGUGAUUAAUUUAUAAACAACGUUACAAAGACUGAUUGGUCUAAACUCCUUAAUAGUAGCCGGAUGGUCCACUUUAGGGAUCAGAACAAUCAAAUUCUCCAUAAUACUGGCAUCCACUGUACCUGUAGCAAAAGCAUCCCGAACUAACCUCCACACAUCCUCUCCUACCAAGUCCCAAUACUUUUUAAAAAAUACUGGUUGAAACCCAUCCGGUCCUGGAGCCGUAAAUGAUUUCAUAGACAUCAGUGCCUGACGGACCUCUUCCUUAUCAACAGUGUCCCCCAAACAAGUGGCAGCUGCCUCUGAGAGCCUAGGGAACCUCAAAUGGUUCAAGACCGCCCCAUUCAUGUCAAUUCGAGCCCCAAAUAACGACUGAAAGUAGUUCAACACCUCUGCCCGCAACCUAUUCCCAUCAGAACACCAUUCUCCAUUGUCAAGCUUCAGCCUGUGGAUCGUGUUCCGCUUGCGUCGAAUCAUUGUUUGAGCAUGGAAGUAGGCAGUGUUACGAUCCCCAAACUUCACUCUAUUAUCUCUAGAUUUUUGAAACCAGAAAAGUUCCUCCUGUUUGAGAACACUCCUGUACUCUCUUUGCAUGUCAGCCUCGAACAUAACAAGAUCAGAAGUGACUCUAACAUUUAGUUCACGUUGUGCACCUUUCAAGCGGGCUUCAAUUCUCCUUUUCCUCCUAAAUAUAUCACCAAAGACAUCUUUAUUAAAGGCUAUAGAAUCAACUUGAACGGAACUCAACUUACUUUGGACAUUGUCACUGCCUCUAUUCCAAGCAUUUGACACCAAUGACCUGUAAUUCUCAUGCUCCAUCUAUGCCGCCAUGAACCUGAACGGGCGAGGAUAGGAACCAUGCAACGACGAUCCACAAUGAAUCAUGAGCGGAGUAUGGUCGGAAUGGAUGCGGUUUAGAACUUCGACAUUAGCACCUGGGAACGCAACUUGCCAAUAUGUAUCGCACAAGGCUCUAUCUAAUUUUUUUGAUAAAAUCAGCACAUGGUUUACCUUCCGGAACCAGGUAAAAUUCCCUCCUGCCAUCCCAAGAUCAACCAGAUUACAAUCCUCAAGCGCAGAAGCAAAACGGAGAGCACGAUUAGGCAGAAAGUCCCCACCACGAACUUCAUGAGGGUGGAGGACUUCAUUCCAAUCCCCCACAAGCAACCAAGGGAGGGAGAUGUUCCCCCGUAAUCCUGCUAGAUGCUGCCAUAAAACCUCCCUGUUAGUCGGAAUGGGAGAAGCAUACACCGCACUACAAAUCCAGGAAAAAUUUGCCCGCCAAAUUUCAAAAGACACAAUCUGAGAGUGCAUGUCCCAGAGGCGAAAGGAAAGGUUAGAAGCCUCAUUAGACAACACCCAGAUUCCACCACUAAAGCCUGUCGCUUCAGAAAUAAAUUGCAAUGUGAAACCCAAAGACGUCCAGAAGGAACGAACACGGUUAAACUGACAACGUGGUUCAACAAUGAUGAUAAUAUCAGGUUUCCUGUAACGAACGGUAUCUUUAACAAACCGUCUUCCAUCCUCAUUCAUAGCACCUCUAAUGUUCCAAGACAUUAUUUUUACAUCAUCGAAUCCAAUCAUUAAAACAAUUGAUGAUGGGGGAAAGGCCAUCCCCAGGCUUAGAUAUUCCAUAUUCAACAUUUAUCUGGAGGUUUUCCUUGGAAUAAACCCCCAUGAUAACUGCUCCCCUCAAUGCGGCUGAGCUCUUUCAUAAACUCAGGAGUUCCAAUGGCUACUGCAACCGACGGAGAUGCCAUUCCAGAACCGCUCGCACCAGCAGCAGUCGCGGUGGUCGACGGUGCACACCCACUAGUUUUCAAGGCUGGCUUACCCGCAUGGGGCACCAUACCAGAACUCGAAGAAUAGCUUCCUCCCUGUCCACGUCCAGCUUUCUUAGUACUGCCGUCUUCAUUCUUCCUGCGUUUUUUGAUGUAGCCGAGGAUGAAGCACCACAAGCGGGUAUCAACUCAGCAACUUGCCGAUCGCCGAGAGUAUCUCCACGCUUCUCAUAGGCGUGGUUGUCAUGACGAGGAUGUUUCAAGUUCUCGGAAGCGAGAUCAGAAGGCAGCCCAGAGGGCAGGUACGCUGCGGGGAGACCCAACUCCACCGGUUCCUCCUGAGCCGACUCCACCGGUUCUUCCUGAGCCGACUCCACUGGUUCCUCCUCAGCCGACACCACUGGUUCCUCUUCAGCCGACUCCACCGAUUCCUCACCAGCCGACUCCACCAGUUCCUUCUCAGCCUCAGCUGACUAUUGAGCCAUCUCUUGAGCCGACUCCUGAGCGUUCUGUUGAGCUGGAGACGUCGGAGUCUUCCGGUGAGUCGGACGUAGCAGCACAAGUGGACCCUGACCAGUUUGAGGGUGCAGGAGAGGAGGAGAAGGGACAGAAGGAGCCUGACUUGGAGUCUUCCGGUGAGUCGGACGUAGCAGCACCGUUUCCUGGGGGGCCAUAUAACCUCUCGCUUCUGCACCAUUACCCGGACCACAUAGCGGCAAGGACGUGGCAUGCCAUUCUAGGAAACAACCUGCUAUAUGAUGACCGACGUGAGUUGAGGGUUGCCACUAUUGGGACAAAGGUGGCGAAGAAGACAUUCGAGGAUGACGAUCCCGAUUAUCAGGUUGUACGAUUGAUUGUGGCGGGGACCAGACUCUAUCAUCUCGUUUGUUGCUGGGAUGAGGAGACCAACAGCUUCCACAUGCCGUUCGGGGAGAUGACUGUCACCCUGGACGACGUGUCGGCUCUUCUUCAUCUCCCGAUCAGCGAGAGAUUCUAUACUGCGGGAGCGGCCACAAGAUUAGAUAUUGCGGAGACCUGUGCUUUGCUGUUGGGGGGACGCAUCUGAUUACAUGCCGAAGUUUGAUGCAUUGAGGACUGCGGCUAUGAGGUUUUCCUUCUUGCGGGAUCUUUAUAAGAAAGUUGUUGGAGAGAGGCGAUACGAGCAUGCAGCCAGGUUGUACCUGCUGCAUCUUAUCGGCGCGACGUUGUUCGCCGACAAGAGUGGAGGAUACUCCACCACCGUUCGUUGGAUCGACAUGCUGGAGCAUCUUGAUCGGGUGUCUGAGUUUGCGUGGGGCGCCAUUGCGCUUGCCACGUUGUACGAGCAGCUUGGUCAUGCCUCACGCAGUGGGACCAAACAGAUGGGUGGUUACACGUCACUGCUAUUAGCUUGGGCCUUCGAGCACAUCCCAAACACCCUGAUUCGCCGGUAUGAGGACCCGAAUUACACGGAGGCGCAACCUAGAGCUUGCAGGAGGAUUGAGUCACGGAUAGGGGAUGCUAGGCUGGAGGAGAGGCGAGUUCUAUUUGAUGAUCUGACGACAGCUGACGUCAUAUGGACUCCAUAUGAGGAUCACACGGUUGAUCGACCCUGAGAUGCGAGGACUUUGUUCUCGGGCUACAUCCUGACUCCCAUCGGGCCGGCCGUGCGACCUCAUCUUCCGGAGCGGGUGUUGUGGCAGUUUGGAUACGUGUAGAUGGUCCCGAGAUCCCCUUCUGUCAUGAUGGGCAGAUCUCCCAUUGCUGCAGCCGUUGAUGCCACAUUCGUAGACUAUGAGCCACACCUGGUUCCUGAGGGCGUCCCUGCUGCAGUGGAGGACAGCCAAAGGAUGGUUACUUGGAAUGGUACGACAUUGUGUCUCAUCAGUUCAUCAUCCCGGAUGAGAGGAGGUCGGAUCUCAGUGCCGUGGCUGCUAUGCGUAGGGGUUUGGAUUUGCUUGAGCAGUCAUUGGACGUGGAUGAUGCUCCCCCGGCCGGCGCACGAUCCCGAAAUUUAGUUGAGAGGGCACUUUACGUCUUCCAAGACUUGGUCGGGACCCAAGGCGUUGCUUUUGCUGCUGGGAGACGAGGCGAUGGAGCAGGAGGCAGAGCAGCGCUAAGGGAGGGCGGAGGGGUAGGGGAGGUCGUAGGGGUGGGGGACAGUGAGUUUGUAUUUGUUGGCAACAUAAUUAGUAUGUAAUCUAUGAAUUUGUAGUAUGUAAUAUGUAAUUGGAACAUUAUUAGUUUGUAAUUUAUGAGUUUCGUGUUCACGUAUUGUAAUUUAUGAGUUUCUUGAUCACUCUUUUGAUUUUGCAA